CAAUUCCCAACCUGCGGAGCCUCGAGCUUCCGGCGGGAGAGUUCGAGUUGGAACAAUUCCAAAUGUACCUAAUAGUUAAUGUAUGUAUACGAGUUAUACGAGCCAACUUCGCACGAGGCCACAUUGCGCUACCUGCUCUUAUGUAUUAUCCAUUUUUUACAUUUUUUAAUCUAAUGUAAAAACAGUCCUCGUAAUAACUACUUCUCCUGAACUUCUCCGAACUUCUGCAAAAAAAUAUAGACGUGAAGAAGAGCUGCUGCUGUUACAUACUGCUGCCGAAAGUAUCUCGCCAUGGCAGAGAUCCGUCAGCGCAAGGGCAAAGGCCCCGCGAGGGACGACGUUCGAACUGCUAUCGUCGAAGAGCUCGACACCUCGGAAUCGGACACGUCUGCGCCCGCGCCCGCGCCCAAGCCCAAGCGUAAAACCAAGGACCUCGUCGACGACGACGAAGAGUAUAGCCCGUGGCUGGACGUCCUGCGCGUGCUCUCGUUCCUAUUCGUCGCGUCCUGCGGCCUCAGCUACCUCGUCUCGGGCGGCGAGUCCUUCUUCUGGAGCAUGCGGGCGCCGCCCAAGUACAUGCAGCUCGACUGGUGGAAGAGCCAACUGCGCGGCCCGAUAUACCUAACCCCCGCCGAACUCGCGCAAUACGACGGCACCGACGAGUCCAAGCCCAUCUACCUCGCCAUCAACGGCAGCAUCUUCGACGUAUCGAGCAACCGCCGGACCUACGGCCCGGGCGGCUCGUACCGAUUCUUCGCAGGCGCCGACUCGGCGCGGUCCUACGUGACGGGGUGUUUCGCCGAGGACCGGACGCCCGACAUGCGGGGCGUCGAAGACAUGUUCCUACCGCUCGACGACCCGGCCGUAGACGCGCACUUUGCGCCGGAAGAGCUCGCCGCGCUCAAGAAGAAGGAGCUCGAGGAGGCGAGGCAGAAAGUCCACGAGGGACUGCUGCAUUGGGUCCGUUUCUUCGAAAAUAGCCCCAAGUACCCCAAGGUCGGAUACGUCAAGAAGGACAAGAAUUGGUUAGACAAGGAGCCGAGGAAGAAGCUGUGCGAUGCGGCGGCGAAGGGUAGGAAGCCGAGGAAAAUCCCUGGCUCUGAAGAUUAAUAGCAUUUUGUUU